UCUGUAAUGAGUCAGUUUAUAUUUCAUUAGCCAUCGAGUAAGAAAGUGCAUAUUAAAUUCUAAUAAUGAAACUGUUAUACACUGUUAUAAUAUGUUUUGUAAUACAGUUAUUCCUAAUAAAAUCAUUGCAAACCUCAUCUGCGGCCAAUAAGACAACAUUAAAGGAUAAGUUGCUGGAUUUCUAUGGCGAAGGAUUAAAUUCUAUAUCGGAAAGUUUUUUAUUGAAAGCAAAAGAUUUCUGCAAACAAUUGCUAAAGGACGAGAGAGUCCAGCAGGCCUCAACACCAAUUUUAAAAGAGUUUAAAAAGAAUUUAACCGAUUUUUUACACGAUUACCCUAAGUUUAAACAUUAUGGUUUAGUAAAUCCCUUGGCUAUACAUUUUGAUGAGAAAUUGCUAGUACCCUUAAAUCGCAGCAAGGAUUUACAAUAUAUUUGGGAGUUAAUGCGAAAAAAGGGUUAUGAUGGCCUAAAUAUGGACUAUGAUAUGGAAUAUGUGAAAUUUAUUGAACAAAAUUUAUACCCAAAUUCGAAGAAUUAAAGGCCCAACUAUCGCCGCAAGAAUUAAGGCAAGAAGAUGAUUUAAUAAACUGGUUUAAAAAACUAAAAAUGUGUGGGGAUAAUGUGUGUAUCAAUGACGAAUUCAAUACCUUUGUUAUGCAGGAUCAGACACCAAAAGAGGAGCUACAUGAGUACAUUGACAUUAAACUUGAUAAACUAAAUAUGUUCUAUUGCAAUACCGCAUAUGAGAUACUACGAAACGUAUUAAAGGAUCCGAAAUUUAAACAAAUAAGUACUCCGCUUAUGCAAUACUUAACUAUAGAUAUCAAUGAAUUUACUAUGAAUUUUGAAAAUAACGAAGAUAUUGAUGAUUUGCAAACGGAGUUCAACAAUUUCAACAAAAAUAGUACAAAAAUAUUACUCUAAUACGGAAAUUCCUAACAAGGAUCAUAAAUUGAUAGUGGACAUUUUCAAUGCUCACGGCUAUGCGAAAUUUCUUUUAAAAUAUCAAAUUAAAUUUAAUAAUUUAAUUGACUACGAUCUUUCUAAUAAAA